AAGUCUUUACAUACAAUUCUUACAGUGUCCGAUUCAAGAAUUGCGCAAAGACUGCUUUAUGUUGUUUUGUUUAUCUGCAAAGAAGCGGUUUUUAAACGGGAACCAGCGAGCUAGCUAACCGUGAGCCGGCGAUGCUCUGGAAGGGGUUGAUUUUGGCGCAUGUCUUUCAAGAGGCGUCGUCCUCCGUCUACAAGGCUUUUGUGCAAGACUAGAGGAAGCUGACUACCACAGAGGCUUUCACCUACAUUUAGAUUUGAGCCAUGGCCCGAGAGGAGGAGGAAGAGGAGCUGGCAGUCGGUGCCGGGCGUAAGGAGGUGGAUAUGUUUACCUCGGUGCGUUGCCUGGGCUACCUGUCCGGCAUCAACCUCCUCGUGGCGGUAUGCGUCGGCAUGUACCUGCGCUGGGAGGUAACAGACGAACCCAUGAUUCUGGUCAUUUUCAUCCUGGGCCUCUUCGUCCUGGGAAUCGCCAGCAUCCUCCACUACUACUUUUCUAUGGAGAAAGCCAGCCUGAGCCUGUUCCAUUUGUGGUGUGGCUUUCUGCUCGGGCUCCUGUGCCUCCUCAACAGCCCCGACUUGGAUUUGAACGUCAAAGAACUGGUUGCCAACUAUCUCUUCCUAGCCAGUGUGAUCCUGAAAGCAGUGUGGGCUGUAACUGAGCGAGUAUUCAGCUCCUUUCACUAUAAACCCACCUUGCUAACAUCAUCUGAGUUCCUGGAGCUCCUGGGAUUUGCCAUUGCCUGCACUACCAUGCCAUUUAAGAAGUCAGCGCCUGUAAUAGGCUUGGUGGUGGCCCUGGGGGCUCUCAUCGUGGACCUGAGGAUGAAAUCCCUCCUAGCCUUGCCCAACCUUGUCACUUUUGCCUUGGUUACGUCUCUCGUGUUUUUCCAGCCCUUAGAAAUCACAGCCAACCCUUAUGUCUUAGGCUGCUACCUAGGCAGGCUGCUCUGUGAGCCUGUGAUGGAUGUGUAUUUCAGCGGGCUGGGGCCCAGCGAGCGCUGGAUGCCAGUGCUGUCUCUGGGGAAGGUGUGGAGGAGGCUGUCCCUGUUUCCUCUCAGUCUGUUUGAGGUGGCCUUCUUUGUCCUGGCUGCCUUUAAGCUCGGCAACUUGGGCCUGUGGUACCUGGUGAUCCCGGGCUUCUGCCUGUUCGGCCUCUUCUGGUCCAUCUGCCACGUAAUUCUCCUGAUCACAAUCUGGGGCUUCCACACGAAGCUGAGCGAGUGCCAGAAGGCGUGGCGGGCGCAGCGGUCCAGCAGCCGGAGCCUGGAGCAGGUCAUGGCCUCCAGAGGCAUCAGACACUUCUGCCUCAUUUCGGAACGCCUGGUCUUCUUUUGUCUGCUGUCAACGGUCACACUGGGCGCCGUAUCCUGGCAGCCCUCCAACAGCCUCUUUCUCAGUGCUCUGCUGGUGGUGCUGCCUUUGGAGUCUCUGGCGCACGGCCUCUUCCACGAGCUGGGCAGCUGCCUCGGGGGAACGUGUGUUGGCUACGCGCUGGUCAUACCUACAGCUUAUACCAGUCCCAGUGGUCAGCCCACGCUCCUGCCACCGGAGCAGGUGCAGCAGUUGAACCUGCGCUCCACGAGCAUGCUGAACAACAUGCAGCGCCUCUUCUCCCACCACAUGAUCCAGACGUCCGGCUGCGACUACUCCACGAGCGGCGUCACGCUGGACGCGCUGCAGACCAAGCUGCGCGGCUUCCUGGAGCUCCGCACGGCAGACGGGCCGCGCCACGACACCUAUCUGAUCUUCUACAGCGGGCACGCGCACAAAGGCUCCGGGUCCUGGGCUCUGGCCGGAGGUGAGAGCCUCCACCUGGCCCAACUCCUGGAGUUGUGGAAGGAGAAGAACGCCGGCCACUGCUCCCGCCUCAUCAUCGUCCUGGACACGGAGAACUCCCUCCCCUGGGUGAAGGAGGUCCGCAGGGUGGAGGGCGUCUACGUGGCCGUGCAGGGGGCCGAGCUCUCCGCCACCAGGGUGGACCCAGAGACCGGGGACGCGCCCCUGCUCGGGGACUUCACCUCCGAGUGGGUGGAGUUCAACUGCAACCCAUCCAGUGACACGCAGUGGUCCGACAAGGGACGGACGGUGGCGGCCGCCUACGGCGUGUCCAAGCGCUGGAGCGACUACACGCUGCACCUCCCCACCGGGAGCGACGUGGCCAAGCACUGGAAGACGCACUUCCCCAAGGCUACGUAUCCCAUGGUGCACCUGUCCAACUGGUGCUGCGGCCUCAACCUGUUCUGGUUGUGCAGCACGUGCCUGCGCUGCUUCAGGAGGUGCAAACUCGCUUGGUUUCCACCGGCCGUGCUGGACACGGGGCAGGGCAUUAAACUGGUCCACUCGUAGGAGAGAAAUGCGGAAAAUUACAUUAGCCCGACUGUAAUAGACAGAGUUUCCUGGGUAAGAGGUGUUUCUAUAGAAAAUAACUUCUGUACUUAUUAAACUGGUGAGAAUGUGGUCUUCAGUCGGCAAAGUGGAUGAAGCUCAUUUGCUACGGUGGGAGACUAUAUAAAGCCAAAAUUAAAUUCUGAGUGAAAGUUAAAAAAAGGAACAAAUGUUUUAUUGUACUUUGGGACCGUGCGUUAUAUAUUUUUGAAGAUGAUUUUUAUUAAUUCUUUUGUUUGUUGAUUGCGGACCAUUCAUUUGGGAUUUUUUGCAGAUUUCCUUUUUUUUACGGCGUACCAUUUUAUCCAUAUCAGAGUGCCUUAGGGAGGGAUUUUGGGUCAUCUUUAAUGUGGAUGCUUGAAUGUCUGUAUGCAUCUAUUGUGUGUGUAUAUAUAUCAUAAUUUCCUCGCCUCUUAUUUAUAUUCCAAGGAGUUAGCUGGCGUUCUCGACUGCAGGAUCGAGGGGGAGGCUCUCGUCAUCGUAAAGCCUUUAGACAGAGCGGACAAAAUGACAGUUGUUGGGCCGAACCCCGGCCGCCCUCCUGGUUAAGUGGAAGUGUAACCACGAGGGCAGCCUGCCACUCUUCUCGUGGCGUAUUACGUUGUGCACUUACUCCUCCACCGAACAAAGAAAUAUGCAUUUAUUCGAGAUGGCUUCAUUUUUUUUCAGUGCAUUUAAGGGAAACGGCGACUUGUCAUACAAAGCAACACAUUGUCAAAAAAAAACUGUUAAGUAUUUUCGUGCACCAUUGUGUACUUGCUGAAGUCUUUCUUGUACGCAUCCCUGAACUCUGAAGUGUAUUGCUGCCUUUUACUCCGUGAUACCAAAGAGGUCAAGCUGCAUUAUGGGUUUGUAAUUCCACAUGUGCCUCGCUUGUCUUAUUAUGUUAGAAUCAAACUUGGAUAAUAAAGUGAUAAAACAAC